AUGGACAUACAUUGCAGCGUCACUAGGGGAUUUGGAGGAAACCUCUGUUUUUCCCCUCUCUCCUCCGACAGGCUUUCGGCUGCUGGGACCCGCCCGAGCGCCGCCGGGCCCGUGCGGGGGGUCCUGGCGGGGCCCCGCCCCUUCGGGGGCGGGGACAAGGAGGCCGAGGGGGCGGAUCCAGAGGCGCAGCUGGGCGCCGUCACCGCGCCCGGGUCCCUCCUGCAGCACGUGCUGCACUUCCGGGAGGCGGGGCCGGUGCCCUGCCCCCCCCUCCCCCCCGCCCCCGCGCUGGCGGCGCUGGCCCGCAGCCCCCCCGGCAGCCGCGUCUGGGACGCCCUGCUCGCCUCCCCCGCCGCGCCCGCCGCGCCCGCCGCCGCCGCCUCCGCAAGCUCAAGGGUCACUUCCUCUCGCUGGCGUGUCACCGCAACGGCAGCCGCGUCCUCGACGCUGUCUGGGCCUCGGCCUCCGCCCCCGCCCGCGCCGCCAUCGCCGAGGAGCUGGCAUCCCAGCGCAACGCCCUGCAGCACGACCCCCACGGCCGGGGCGUGGCCCGGACCCUUGCCCUCGACCUCUUCCUCCGCCGCCGCCGCCUGUGGGAGCAGCUACAGGCGGCCCCUGACCGCCGCCGGGGGCUCCUGGGACCCCUCCUGGAGGACUGACGCAUGCCCAGGGGCACAGAGCGGCGUCCCGGGUGACAGAGAGGCGCCCUCCUGGAUGACCAUGGGCCACAGAGAGGAGGAGCAGGCACAGAGCGUCCCCUGCGUUUCAGCAGCUCAGAUGCUCUACGGAGAACCGUGAAGACCCAGGUGCCACUCUGGCUCUUCUGCCCACCCGUCUUGUCUGCUCCGGAUCACCAGACCACAGAGUCAUUGGAGGGCUGCUGGCUAGAAAGGCUCCUGCAUCUGUACCACAGAGCUGCUGGAGGACUGGAGACCGGAGAGGCCGGCUGCAGAGCCCUUCCUGCUGUGAGCACCAUGGAGUUCUCUAAGGGGCGGAGGCGAUGCUCUGGUAGCUCUUGCCCAAGCCUUGUCUGCUCCCGCCCUCCCAACUCCUGUUUUUGCACAUGAAUCGGUGGCUUUUUUCA